AUGUCCAAGGCCUUGACAGAGUUUUCUCAACUGGCGCAGAAUGUCAAAAAUGCGCCGUCUAAAUUUACAGGCGCCGCCGCCGAAGGCAGCCGCCUCAUCCCGUCAAGAACCAAGGACGCGCUAUUUCAAUUCCGCGUCGACGCGGGUCGCUACAACGACAAAACGAAACAUCUCAAUGUGAACCUGCAGGUCAAUUCCCAAGCCAAGAGCCCUGCGCUGAAAGACUGGGUUAAAAAAAUACAACUCAUGGAAAACUUGCGACUGCGACUUUCGAUACCACGGCCGAGGACAAGGAUGCGGAAUAUACUCGGGUGUUGA